CAGGGCCUCAGCCGGUUCCCGCCGGACCACCCACUUGCUGGGGGUGUACUGGAUCUCCAGCUCCUGCGGGCCAGACACAGACUUAUCCUCAGGUGACCAAGCUCUGCACAGUGUCUAACCCUCACGGCACCCCCUGCAGAAGCAAAGCGGGAGAGAGCCAUGCUGCAGUCUUCAGCACCGGUAUAUAGCUGCGGGAGAGCACUUGCCUUGAAUGCGUUGAGGCCCUAGUUCACGCUCCGGUUCAACAACAGAAAGGACACACAGGUGAUCCUCGGACCCAUGUUCUCAGGGAAAAGCACCGAGCUGAUGAGACGCGUCCGCCGCUUCCAGAUCGCCCAGUACAAGUGCUUGGUGGUCAAGUACGCCAAAGACACGCGGUACAGCACCCACUUCUCCACCCACGACCGGAACACCAUGGAGGCACUGCCCGCCUGCCAGCUCCGAGAUGUGACCCAGGAUGCCAUGAGUGUGGCCGUCAUAGGCAUCGAUGAGGGCCAGUUUUUCCCCGACAUCGUGGACUUCAGCGAGACCAUGGCCAAUGCCGGGAAGACAGUGAUCGUGGCUGCCCUGGAUGGCACCUUCCAGAGGAAGGCUUUCGGGAACAUUCUGAACCUGGUGCCCCUGGCCGAGAGCGUGGUGAAGCUGACGGCUGUAUGCAUGCAGUGCUUCCGCGAGGCGGCCUACACCAAGCGGCUGGGUGUGGAGAAGGAGGUAGGUGCCGCCCACCCAGGCGCGGGGCGGGGGCGCCGGCCUCCCUUAGACCCGGCCUCCCUCCCCCAGGUGGAGGUCAUUGGGGGAGCAGACAAGUACCACUCCGUGUGCCGGCCCUGCUACUUCAAGAAGACGCCGCCACCGGCUGCGCCCGAUGACCCCGACAAUAAGGAGAACUGCCCGGCACUGGGCUGGACCGAGCCCACGGGAGCCAGGAAGCUCUUUGCCCCCCACCACAUCCUGCAGUGCAGCCCUGCCCACUGAGCCGCCCGGCCCCGUGGCCGCUGCUCCUUCUCGGUUCCCUCCUGUCCCCCAGUGCCUCCCCUGAGCGCCCAGCUGGGGGUGAGAGCCGCCACCAGGUGACGUGAGCGACGCAGCUUCUUCCCCUUUGUGGCCCUCGCUGCAGUUUCUCUUCUGCUGGGGAAGUCUGCGGCAGCCCCCGCGGGCCCCGAGUCGGUGCUACCCAACCCCCCCCCCCAGCA